UGGUGAAUUGCUGCACUUUGGGCAAGACCCGUGAUGUGAAGAUACGCAUUGAUGGUUGGAUGACGCGGAAGUGAGAGCCGUCGUGGAAUUCUAUUAAUCAUGGAGGGCUAAUAGACGUGCACAAGUCUCUAAGAUUUCAUGAAGAUGACAUGCUGAUUUAGUGCAUUCAGCAAGGGAUACAAUAUGUCGUCAAGAGGCCGCAGCCGAGGUCGACCUAGAAGGGGAGGUAACUCAUCAGAAUCUACGUCAGGAGGUGCCCUGAGAAAACUGAGACAUGAAGGAGACGGCUUUGAAGCCUGGGGAGGGUACAUGCAGGCCAAGAUGCAGAAGCUGAAUGAUCAGUUCAACACAGCAGGGGGAACAUCUGGAUCAGACAUCUUCAAUGGAAUUCAUGUCUAUGUCAAUGGAUACACAAAGCCAUCCUCUGAUGAGUUGCGCCGUCUGCUGACCACCCAUGGAGGGACGUUCGAGCAGUACCUGUACCGGACACGAGUCACUCACAUCGUGGCAACCAACCUCCCAGACAGCAAGGUCAGAGAGCUGAAGGGGAUGAAAGUCGUACGUCCAGAGUGGAUUACAGAGAGUGUGGCUGCCGGCAAGCUGCUUCCAUACACCAACUACCAGCUGUACACAGCGCAGACUAGAUCACAACACGGUCUCACAUCCUUCACAAAGACAUCCAUUCUCAGCCGAUCAUCAAGUGUCUCCUCCAAAACCUCGGAAGCAUCUGUUGGCUGCACCCAGUUCAGUAAACAUGGCAGUGUGUUAAAUGACAAUGACCUUUACCCUAUGUCAGAUGGAGACAGUUCGGAUGAAGACUUGGCCAACCUCCGAACAAAGGACAUAGAAAAUAUGCAUGACACCAGCAACGAGAACAGUCUGGACACUAUUGAUGAAGAAGUAUCUGUGAACCAAACCCGCACAUCUGCGGAAAAACUAACAGGGUCUUACCAUGACAAAUUGUCAAAUAAAACAAUGGCACGGGCUGGAGAUUCUAAUUUUCUCUCAGAAUUUUAUACUCAUUCCCGAUUGCAUCAUAUAUCAACUUGGGGGGCAGAAUACCGCGCCUAUGUGAAUGAGCUGCAGAAACAGAGUGAUGGGUCAUUUCCAGGGCGACAGAGGUUACAGCAGUUUCACCAGGACAGUGUUGCCAGAACCGGGAUCAAUAACUUCACAUCGGGCUCCUGCAGUGGGAAGCCCAAGAAGGUCAUCAUGCAUGUCGACAUGGACUGUUUCUUUGUGUCUGUUGGGCUUCUUGACAAGCCGGAACUCAGAGGUCGCCCCAUCGCUGUGACCCACUCCCGGGGCAAGGGGGCAGCCAAGGAGACCCCAGGGUCAGACUUCGCCUUCGAAAAGAAACAAUGGGAGCUGAAACGUCAACAAGGAGGGAAGAAAGGUCGAAGGUCACAUCAUGUCAGUGAAGCUGAUGGAAGGUUUGACGAGGAAGAAGAAGAAGAAGGUGAAGGCAGUGAUUUGAAGGGGAAAGAAAUUGACUUUCUCGUACCAAAGGGUUCCACUGGGAAAGAUACAUUUCAUUCUCUGGCGGAAAUUGCUUCCUGUAGUUAUGAGGCGAGAAAGGCUGGUGUGAAGAAUGGGAUGUUUAUGGGACCAGCCAAGCUACUGUGUCCCGAUCUUGUGACCAUUCCCUACAACUUUGACAAAUACCAGGAGGUGUCUCGAGCUCUGUACGACACAGUGGCAAGUUUCACUCAUGACAUCGAGGCAGUGAGCUGUGACGAGAUGUUGGUGGACUGUACCGACCUCCUGGCCGUCACAGGCACACCUGAGGAGUUUGCGACGUUGCUGAGGAAGGAGAUCCACGACAAGACUGGGUGUACUGCUUCAGCCGGCCUUGGCGGGAGUAUUCUGCUGGCUCGUCUUGCCACAAGGUCCGCCAAACCAAAUGGUCAGUUUUAUCUGACCGCAGAUGCUGUUCCAGAAUUCAUCACUAAACAAUCCAUCCGAGACUUACCAGGUGUGGGGUACUCCAUGACCAAGAAGCUGACCACCAUGAAUGUGACCACAUGUGGCGACCUCCAGAAGCUGUCUCUGGUCGCCCUUCAGAAGGAGUUCGGACCCAAGACCGGACAGUCCCUGUAUAAAUACUGCCGUGGACAGGAUGACCGUCAGAUCAAGAUGGAGAAGGAGAGGAAGUCGGUGUCUGCAGAGAUCAAUUACGGAAUCAGGUUUCAGAGGGAGUCUGAAGCGGAGAAGUUCCUAUGUGACCUGGCAGAAGAAGUGUCGACACGCCUCAAGAACAUCAACAUGAGGGGCAAGACAAUCACGCUGAAGCUGAUGAUAAGGCGAGGGGAUGCUCCCAAGGAAACAGCCAAGUUUAUGGGUCAUGGAAUAUGUACCAAUGUGUCAAAGUCCUCCAGCCUCCCGAUGGCGACGGAUGAUGGGAAGGUUAUUGCCAAGGAAUGCGUUGCCAUGAUGAGAGCCAUGAAAGCUAAUGCUGCUGACUUGAGGGGGAUUGGAAUACAGACUCACAGGCUGGAGAGUUCCACACUGGGAAGGUCGUCUACAGGUCCAGGCAAUCAGAGCAUCCUCAGCUCUGCUGUCCCCAGAAACAAAUCCACGUCACCAAGUGCAGCCUCCCAGACCAAGCCUGUAGCCCCUCACAAACAGGAUGAACAGGAGUCUAGCUUGACACAAGCCAAGGGGUCUUUUGAUUGGUCAGAUAAAAAUAUGCCUACAUAUGUGUCCGAUGAUGAGGAGGAGAUUGAUGAUGUUGGUGUUGGAGACGAAGGCAAUGCUGUUGUCUUUAGUUCUUGCAGUCUGCCAAUACUGGAAGAACUUGCUCGGAAAAAGACAGCAAAGAAAACGACGCCACCUCUACCCUAUCUGCCGGAUUUCGGAUCCCCUAAGACACCUGUCAGGAAGCAGACGGUUGAAUCUCACAACGAGGCUCACGACUACUUCCCUUCUCCUUCACAGAUUGACCCUGAAGUGUUGAAGGAGCUACCGCCAGAUAUUCGGGCACAGAUUGAGAAGGACAUGGGCACAAAGAGGGCACAAACGAAGACCAGCACUGUACCAGCCAAUCAGGGAGCAGAUGAAGUUCCAGGUUGUUCUCAUUGGCCGUCUCAGGAAGCAACUGUAACCAAUGAGGAUGAAGCACCUUACUCACCAGAAUCCGGUCCUUCAACAGUUGAAGCAGAAGGUGGAAGCAGCAUGGAAGCCUUACCGUCGUUCUCUCAGCUGGACAUGAGUUGUCUUAAUGCUCUCCCUGAAGACAUGCAGAAGGAAAUCCGGGACGAGUAUGUUCGUCAGGGCCAACAUUCAGCAGAGCCGACUGAGGAUAAUCAACCUCCACCCCUGCAACUUCAGCAGGCCAAGUCUCCCUCCAAAGGAAGAGAGCCAGCUAGAAGGUCACCCAGUAAAUCACCAGGGCGAAGCAAGAAAAACAGUCCUGUCUUCAAGGUCCCCAAAGGAUGUCCAGUAGGUCGAAAGAAGCUGAGUGCAAAGAAGCUGGAAUUCGCAAUACAGCCCAAGAUAACAACUAACUAUGGGGUGAAGAACUCAGGGAAGAACCUGACUGAGACACCACAGGCCACGCCCAUCCCUGCCCCUCCCCCAACAGAGCCUGAUCCCACAGAACAGGAGGAACAGGUGAACCUCUGUGGAGCUGUUAGUAUGGAAGAGGUCAAGCACCUGCUGGUGGAGUGGCUGGAGGCUUGUCCAGAGCCCCAGGAGGAGGACAUCAGUGUGAUGCUGGAAUAUCUGGGUCAGCUGGUGCUGGACCACAACCUGGAGCAGGUCGACCUGGUCCUCAAGUUCCUUAACAGGAAAAUAAGGAAGCUUGCCAACACACAUUGGUAUGAAUCAUUCAAGAGUAUUCUCACAAGCACACAGGAAGUGAUCAAAUCUAUCCACGGAUGUCAACUCAAUGUUGAUUGGCUGCUUGCCAGAUGAAGCUACAUGUAUACCAAUCAUAAUCUAUUUAUUUUGUGUCAUCUCAACUGAUCACAGGUGCUUUGCAUUGUUAUCAUGCUGGUUAAUGGAUAGUGUGCACUCAAGAAUCAUUCUCAGCUUCCUGGAAAGUAUACAACCAAAGCUGUCUAUGAGGAGGCAUAUAAUCCUACCGGGUACCCAUUAACUUGUGUGAACAAAUUUUGAUGUCACUUGUCAAAGAAACUUUUCAUGUGACACUUCAUCUUCAAUGACAGGCAGGACCAAAAUCAAGAAGCUUUUUAGAUCAAGACACCAAACAUUAUCACCCAUCUAAACACUCUUAAACACAACUGAACUGCACCUGGUUUGUUACCUGUGCGCUUUUAUCAGGACCAUGUACUUAUUUACUGACCAAAUGGUGGUAAGGUAAUGAUGAAACAUUGGUAAUGAAACACUGAAAGAUGACAGAAACACACUUAUUGUAGAGUUUUAGAAUGGCUUGGAAGUACCACUAAAUAACACAUACAGUGGAGAAUAUUUUUUGUGAGCAUGAAAAUCUGCAAAUGUGUCAUUUUUGGUACAAGUAAUGUGCAAAUUUUCCUUUUCAAAUUCAUAAUAUAAGUUGUAUGCUUCUCUCAAGGGUAAUACAGUCUGAUGUACGCCACUUUGUAGCAGUGUUACCCAAGCCGGUAGGCGAUGUACGCCUCU